UCUCGCCGCUGCCCGCCCUGCCCGCCCCUUUCCCUUUCCUCCUGUCUCUCCACCUCCCCCCUUCACUCUUCUCUACUUCUCUUUCUCACUCCCUUCGAUUAGGGCUCCCGAGGCGACCUCCCCGUCUCUCCCGCCGUUUGCCCCCCUUGUUUCUCCUCUCGGUUCUUGCUUCUCCAGGAUGGGGUUUUGAAGCGUUUGGUUUCUUCGAAAUGGUGUUGGGGCCCGAGGAGGCAAAGCUGGCCGCGUGGGAGGGUUCGAAGGAGGGGAUUGGGAAGAAUAAGAGGAGGAAGAAGACCAGGGGUGGCGGCAACAACAACACCAAGGGGGAGGAGACGACGGGGUGCUGGAUGAAGUUCCGGUUGAUGGGGGGUUGCGUCCCUUCCAGAGCCAAGGUGGAUAAUUCCAUCAGCAGCGCCACCACUCAUUGCGAAAGUAAGUCAACAAAUGACGGUAGCAGGGACCAACCAGUUGCACCACUAGCAUCUGGUUCUACCACCGGUAGCAAUGCUGAAAGUAAUUCAUCUGCUUCUAAAGUCGGGGAGGAGCUAAAGGUUUCAUCCCAGUUGCGGAAGUUCACCUUCAGUGAUCUCAAGUCUGCCACAAGAAACUUUAGACCUGAAAGCCUUCUUGGAGAGGGAGGAUUUGGCUGUGUAUUUAAAGGAUGGAUCGAGGAGAAUGGAACUGCUCCUGUGAAGCCUGGUACAGGACUUACUGUUGCUGUCAAAACUCUUAACCAUGAUGGACUUCAAGGGCACAGAGAGUGGCUGGCUGAAGUUAAUUAUCUUGGUGAACUUCAACAUCCGAAUUUGGUAAAGUUGAUUGGAUAUUGCAUUGAAGACGAUCAAAGAUUGCUAGUGUAUGAGUUUAUGCCUCGUGGAAGUUUGGAAAAUCAUCUUUUCAGAAGAGCCCUUCCUCUACCGUGGUCCAUCAGGAUGAAAAUUGCACUCGGUGCAGCAAAGGGUCUUGCUUUUCUUCAUGAGGAGGCUGAAAGACCAGUGAUCUAUCGUGACUUCAAAUCAUCUAAUGUUCUGUUGGAUGUGGAUUACAAUGCCAAGCUCUCAGAUUUUGGGCUUGCUAAAGAUGCUCCUGAUGGUGAUAAAACUCAUGUGUCUACCCGAGUGAUGGGUACAUAUGGAUAUGCAGCUCCAGAAUAUGUUAUGACAGGGCAUUUGACUUCAAAGAGCGAUGUAUACAGCUAUGGAGUGGUGCUGCUUGAGAUGAUGACAGGCCGAAGGUCCAUGGAUAAGAAUCGGCCUAAUGGAGAGCACAACCUUGUGGAGUGGGCACGUCCCAACCUCAGAGAAAGGCGUCGCUUUUACAGGCUUAUAGAUCCUCGUUUGGAAGGCAACUUCUCCAUCAAAGGUGCCCAGAAAGCAUCCCAGCUUGCACAUGCAUGCCUCAGUCGGGAUCCCAAAGCAAGGCCACUCAUGAGUGAGGUCGUGGAAGUCCUCAAACCACUUAUCAAUCUUAAAGACAUGGCGAGCUCUUCCUACUUCUUCCAGACCAUGCAAACCGAACGUACAAUGGCCCAUUCCAACAGCGUCGGUGCUAGAAACGGAAUGAAGCCACAGGGUUCCUUUGGAAGGAAUGGCCAGCCGCCCACGAGGAGCCUUUCACAUGGUGCACAUGCUUCUCCAUACCACCAGUCACCAAAGCCCAAUGCUAGAUAACCAUGUGCAGAUCAAUCGUCAUAUUCUCAAAGUAUCAACAGGUUGGCAGCUGGUGAUGCUAAGGGCCGUGGUGGUGGUGCAAGUGUUGCAUCCGGUGAGAGUCUGAUGGAGGCUGCUGUGGAUAGAAGUUUAUGAGGGUUUCCUAUCGGUAUUCCCACUGUUUUCUGCGAGUUAUCUGAAAAAUAACUGAUGAAUAUUUAGUCGGUGCGUCGUUCAAGUAUUUAUCAUUAUUGUUAUAUAGUUAAAUUGACUUGAGAUGAGCAAGGCUUGACAGGGUAAGUCCAAUGGUCUGGAAUGGUGAGUGGGUUCUUCCCGUUGGGUUUCUUGCUUCCCGUUCCUGACUCCUGUUUGUAAUUGUGUCCAGCUUGCAGUAUACAACCUGUGCAUGAAAAAUCCCAUUUUGCAA